UUGAAGGCAAUGUUUUGUUUUGGUUUUUGAAUACAAUAGCAUAAUUGAAAAGCGACUAGAAAAAUGUUGAGGAUAUCGAAUCAACUAACCAGUAUACUCAUUUUUCGGACCUUUACGAGCAGUGUACAGUUGCAGAGUGUUAAAAAACAAGGAAAGAUACUCAAAAAACUAGUUUAUGGAUCGGAGAAGAACAGACGGAAAUGGUACGAAAGUAAAGACAUGCCUUCGCCUGCGAUUGCUUCAAUUAAAGGUCAAGGAAAACAAUCAAACCGACGUUUAUCGGUUCUGAACACACUUUUCAUGGAGCAAAUCACUGAUCUGAUGGCUUCAGGCGAAUUUUCUCAAGAGAUCGUUGGUCUUGGAAUUCAAAUAUCGCGUGUUAAAGUUUCUAGCGAUUAUCACUUUAUCAACAUUUUUUGGUAUGUUCGGGACAGCGGGAACGACGCAGAAAUCGAAAAAAUACUCAAGCGUAUUUCCGGAGGCUUACAGCAUGAACUUGCACAGCUGAGAUUGAUUGGAAAUGUGCCACGGUUGAAUUUUGUGAAAGAUAAGGAAUAUGGAAUCACGGCCAGUAUAGACAGUGUACUGCGGAAUGCCGACUACGGGGAAGAUUUUGUUCCGAAAGAUCGAACUUUGCUACUUAAAAAUGAAGUCAAAUUACAUCUCGAUCUUCCACCGAAAGUUCGCCAAGAAAUUAGCAGGCUGGAAGAAGAACCUGAUUUUUCUGCCAAUGAUCAAGAUUCGCUACCUCCAAUGCGACAAGAUGUUUUGGGAUUGGACCAUUUUGCAAUCAUGUCGAAAAUAAAACGAUCCAUCAACAGAAACAAACUGGCUUGGAAGCAAUAUGCACUCGAUACCAAUUCAUCGUUAUCUACAAUAAGUGAAGAAAAUCAGCGCAUAGGAGUAGCAGUUGAGCAGAUUGAUGAUAUGCGGCAGCGGAACACCAGGGAAGAAGUGAAUCCCAAAUUGUUUGAUAAGUUUCCUUUGUAGAAUAAAUUUAUAGAUAAUAUAAUAAAAACACAUUAAGAAUUCAUUUUCAAUAAAGUGAGAAAUGGGCAAUUGUCAAGUUUAA